AUGUACGACCUUGAUGUCCAUGCCCAAAUCAAAGAGGCUGCUAAUAAAGAGGCUGUUGAGGAAGAGGGGGCUGAGGAAGAGGGUGCUGAGGAAGAGGUGGAUAAUGUGGAGGAAGAAGUGCAUCUGGUGUCUAAUGAUGAAGUGGAAAAGCUAAAGAAAGACAUGUUAGAUUUACAAGAAGGAAUGUUGAAGAUCAAUAAAAGUAUGGAAGAUGAAGGUUCCAAGGAUUGUGAGGGGGAAAGUUCAAAGGAUAGUGAGGAAGAAGGUGACGAGGACAAAGGUGAAGAAGGUGAAGAAGGUGAGAAGGAUGAAGUAGUUGGUCAAAAGAGGACGAGGAAGCCAUCAGAUGUAAAUAAGUCUCCCUACACCACCAUGACGGAGGAAAAGAAGAGGAAGAAAGUAAAAUCCAAGAAAGACUGA